AUGCUCCCCAUCAUAUGCCAUGCUACUCUUCUCACUCGUGCAUGUGACAAUUACCGCUGUAGAGUAGCAGGUACUAAUGAGUUUUAUGAUGGUGAUCUUAUGGGUUGUGAAAAAAGUUACGACAAAAUGGGACGAACUGCCCAGGUAAAUAUCAUAUGUGGGAGUUGUUUGAAUGGGCAAUGUAAAGGUCAUCCUGGAUGCAUAUGUAAUGUCACAUAUGAAUCAAACUGCAGAGUUUUAGUGGAGCUUGCAAUGCCAUGUGAUAACCCAGGCCCUCAAAUAUUUCAAGGCUUCACUGUUGGUUUUCAUCCAAGAUCAUGGGAACUUGUUUAUAAUGGCUUGACCCAAGUUGGUUUUGAGAAACUCCACCAUGAGUUUAGCUUUGCUUCAAUUAUUACAAAUAUGUUUUCUUUUUACAGCUUUCAAACAGGGCAAACUCAUGUAGUUCUGUUUAUGACUGCGGUUGCUUCACUAUCUUCCCUCGUGAAAAAGCCUAGUUUAAAGGUAUUUCCAGAUAAGGGCCUGGAAGUUACAUUGUCUGGAUCUGCUGCGAAACAGAAGCCUCCUACAACUUUGUCACCCUCAAUGUUGAUGUUGGAUUGGAGAUGUGAGGUGGCCCGUGAUACACCAUAUGAAGUUAAUAUCACAAUCCCAGUUGAGGGUUAUGAGCCAAUUCAAUUUGUGCUUACAAAAACAUGUGACUAUACACAGGAUCCAGGGGGAGGUCGCACAAGAGGGUGGGCAAUAUUUGGAGUGCUGUCCUGCAUAUUUUUUGUCUCUUCAACACUCUUUUGCUGUGGAGGGUUCAUUUACAAGACGAGAGUGGAACGCCAGCGUGGAAUUGAUGCUUUGCCCGGCAUGACAAUCCUUUCUGCGUGCUUAGAGACAGUUAGUGGAGCUGGACAUGGUUACUCACGCCCAGAAGAAGUCAAUACUGCCUUUGGCAGUGAGGCCUCGUGGGAGCGUCCUCAUGUUCCUUCACAAGCUGCAUGGAAACCAACAGAAAGAAAAUAUGGUGCCAUUUGA